CUCCAGCUCGCCCUGUUCCGCCUCUGACCCUCCUCCGCUCCGCGCACUGCGAUCUGGCCGGAGGAAGGGGAAGGAGCCAAGACACUGCAAGAGCCAGGCCGGGCAGCCACCUGGCUACAAGCGGGCGGUAGGCCCCAGCCGGCCAGGUGCACCCACCGGGAGGCAGAGCACCCGGGGGAGGAGCCUGAGCUGCAGUAGCAGCAGCAGCAGCAGAGGGGGAGGAGGAAGAAGAGGAGGAGGAGGAGGAAGAGGAGGAGGAGUGAGAUGCAGCACGACCUCCCGCCUCCGCCGCUGCCACUGCGCCUGGGGGAAGAGAGUACACCUACCCUGUCCUUGCUUCCACUCCUGGGGAAGGAGCGGGGACACUGAUUUCCUGGUUCAUUUGCGGGAGGGGAGGAGGGAGUUCCCAUCCUACUCCUCUCCGACCUAGAGGACCCCCGGAGAGAAAUCACCCAGUGAAGUGCACCCCCACCGUCCCGGACGUACAGGUUUCAUUCGCCUGCAUGAUAAAUACUGUACUACUUUUUGGGUAAAGCUCCGUUCUUCGGGAGAUCACUGGAAGUGCUUUGAAAACAAGUCUAAGACAUCCACGUGGAGAUAUCCAGCAGACAGCUGGUGAAGUGGGCUGGAACUCAAGAGGGAUUGGUGCUGGAUAUAUUGAGGUUAGCACUGUGCAAGUCUUCAAAUCAUGGAAUCCAUAUCGAUGAUGGGAAGCCCUAAGAGUCUUAAUGAAACAUUUUUACCUAAUGGGAUAAAUGGUAUCAAAGACGCAAGUAAGGUUACCAUAGGCAUAAUUGGAAGUGGAGAUUUUGCCAAAUCUCUGACUAUUAGACUUAUCAGAUGUGGGUAUCACGUGGUUAUAGGAAGCAGAAACCCCAAAUUUGCUUCAGAAUUCUUUCCGCAUGUUGUUGAUGUCACCCAUCAUGAAGAUGCCCUCACAAAAACAAAUAUAAUUUUUGUCGCAAUACAUAGAGAACAUUAUACCUCUUUGUGGGAUCUCCGACAUCUUCUUGUUGGUAAAAUCCUGAUUGAUGUUAGCAAUAACAUGAGAGUAAACCAGUACCCAGAGUCCAAUGCAGAAUAUUUGGCUUCAUUGUUCCCGGAUUCCUUCAUUGUGAAAGGAUUUAACGUGGUCUCAGCGUGGGCACUCCAGUUAGGACCCAAGGAUGCCAGCAGGCAGGUCUAUAUAUGUAGCAACAAUAUUCAAGCUCGACAUCAAGUUAUUGAACUUGCUCGUCAACUGAACUUCAUUCCUGUUGACUUGGGAUCAUUAUCGUCAGCCAGGGAGAUUGAGAACUUACCCUUGCGACUGUUCACCCUGUGGAGAGGGCCAGUUGUGGUAGCAGUAAGCCUGGCCACUUUUUUCUUCCUCUAUUCCUUUGUCAGAGAUGUGAUACAUCCGUAUGCGAGAAACCAACAGAGUGACUUUUACAAGAUUCCCAUUGAAAUGGUGAACAAGACAUUACCCGUUGUCGCCAUCACGCUGCUCUCUCUGGUUUACCUCGCAGCUCUGGCUGCUGCUUAUCAGUUAUAUUACGGCACCAAGUAUAGACGAUUUCCUCCAUGGCUAGAGACUUGGUUACAGUGUAGAAAACAGCUCGGAUUACUAAGCUUUUUCUUUGCUACAGUCCAUGUUGCUUACAGCCUUUGCUUACCAAUGAGAAGAUCGGAGCGUUACUUGCUUCUCAACAUGGCUUAUCAGCAGGUUCAUGCAAAUAUUGAAAACUCCUGGAAUGAAGAAGAAGUGUGGAGAAUUGAAAUGUAUAUCUCUUUUGGAAUAAUGAGCCUUGGCUUGCUUUCCUUAUUAGCAAUAACUUCUAUCCCUUCAGUGAGCAAUUCCUUAAACUGGAGAGAGUUCAGCUUUAUCCAGUCUACACUCGGAUAUGUGGCCCUGCUCAUAAGUACUUUCCAUGUUCUAAUUUACGGGUGGAAAAGAGCUUUUGAAGAAGAGUACUACCGGUUUUAUACGCCACCAAAUUUUGUUCUUGCCCUUGUUUUACCCUCUGUUGUCAUUCUGGGAAAAAUCAUUUUACUCUUUCCAUGUGUAAGCAGGAAACUGAAAAGAAUUAAAAAAGGCUGGGAAAAGAGUCAGUUUAUCGAAGUAGCCAGUGGAAUCAUUCCACACCUUUCACCAGAAAGGGUUACAGUAAUGUGAUGUUAAAUGGUACAAAAUAGUGUCAUAAGGAAUUAUACUUGAGUUAUCAUUUCUAUUAUAACCUCUGUUUUCAGAAGUUUAUCUAACUGGGCUAUAAAACUUGUUAAGGUUGAGAUCUAAUCAAGAAGGUCAAAGCCCAAUUGGUAUUCUUUUUUUUUUUUAAUUAAUUUUCAUAAAGUCAUGUUAGGCAAUUUGGAAUUUUUUAGAGAGCCAACUAUAUUUGUUGGAAUUUUAAGUUCUCUUUUGCACAGCUGUAAUCACUAUUACUGUUAUUUUGUCAAAGCUCUAUUUUGUAAUCGAUCCAAGGUAUGUGCUAUUUACAUUUAGUAAUGCCAACAUAUUUAUCAGUGUUUAAAAAAAUCUUUUUUCAAGCAACUGGCAUAUUAAAUUUUUAACAUAACUCAUCAUAUAUGGACAUUACAUUUGCAACACUUAACAAAAAUUGUUCAUUAUAAAACUUCUGUGAUAAUUUCAAAUUACAUAGAGUAACAAAACUUAAUUGGCUUAAAAAAGAAACAUUGCAUGGGAAACUGGACACAGUUGAGUGGUCAUUACCCUCCAAUGCUCACAACACCAGACUAGAACAUUUAGGAAACAUACAUAUAUGGAUAUAAUAAUUCCUUCUAAAAGAAAAAUUAAACAAGUAAUUACAUUAAAACAUAUUAAGGAUGUGGAUUAAUAAAAUAUUUAUAUAUGGAUUUAAGUACUACAGUCAUGUAAUAAACUAAAAUGUUCACUUCAUAAUUAUAUUCAGUUCAAAAUAUAACAAUUACUUUGGCACAUUAAUAGACUAGACAGAUGUCUCAGCAAUAUUCUACCUCCACAACUGAACAUCUCUAACAAAGCCAGGAUGAGGCUGUAGGCAAGGUUUGAACAUCAUGUCCCCUUUGUUCACUCUAACAUAUGGGCUUGACCUAACAUAAAAUAAAUAAUAGUAUUCCACAGAAAGUCUUGUCAUAAAACCAUUACCUCUAUCCCACCAUCAACAUCAACACAAACCCCCUUUUUCUUCUCACCUUAACUCUAAGAGGUAUAGUAGUUACAGGCCUAAAUCCUAGAGGCCAGCUCUACAAUAGCUUUGGCAGUAGCCCAUCUGUUUUUUACAUUUUUGAGUGAGGAAGAAGCAGCAGAAUCCUAUUGUACUCUGCUUGGUAGCCUGCCAUCAUGGGAGGGUUUUUUUAUAUUAAUUUGUGGAGAAAGUCUGCCUGACAAGGGAUGACAUUAGACCAGGAAGUUGAACAACUCAUGGUAACUCCCCCCAGUUUAAUCAAGGUCAUAAGCCUGUGGACCAAGGACAGGGCCUGCCCAUUAACAGUCUCUUCCAGAAGGCUCUAUGUUAAGAAGAUAGCCCAAGAUGUAUUUUUUCUCUCUUUUUUCAAGCCUUUGAAAAUCAUUACAAGGCUGGGCCAUCUAUUUCCUUCCCAGGCAUUCAUCCAUGAAGUUUACCUGCAUGUAAAAGAUGUAUAUAAACAAUUAUUUAUGUUCUGUAAAUUGUUUCCAGAUUUUUUUGCAGUUUUGACUUUCCAUUACACUUACUUAUUUCAAAACUUGAUUAAUGUCUUAUUUGUACAUUUCCUCUAUUCCUGUUGAAAAGGUAGGUUAAGGUUACUGCUAGUAGACCCUUUGUGGAUUUUCAAAAUAAGGUCCUAUAAUUGCUCACUGAGGAAUUCUUGCUUAGUGUAGGCUUCAUACAAAAAGAGGUUUUCCCCCCCUUUGGGAUAACUUUUCCUCAUGCCACUUUCCCAACUACUGCUUGUAUGCAUAUUGGGUAAAUUAUCACUAUAUUACCUUUUCUUCCUCCUUCAGCUUUGUCCCACCCUGUUAUAAUGUGAGCUCCUACAGAGCAAGGGCUGGACUGCUUAAUGUAGUACUUUGCAAGUGAUAAAUGGCUUAUUAUCAAUGCCUUUUCAUUCAUUUAUCAUAUCCAUCUAUCACGUCCAUCCAUCUAUCCUUGAUGACUUUCAGUGUUUUCUAAUAGAUCUUCAUUUUAUUUUUAAGUUAUUUUAUUCUCCCCUCUUGGUAGUUAUGUAUUACUUGGUAGUUGUGUGAAAAAUCCUGAAGAUAAAACCUUAAGAAUUACUUUAGAAUAACAAAAAUUUUAAAUAAUUAUACUUGUUCAUUCCAUGCACUAGACCCCUUUGGUCUUUAUCAUUAGAAUCCUAAUAUGAGGAACUUUCCCUCCCUCAGAACCCAAAUCCUGCGGUUCUUAAUGGAAUGUUAAAAUACCAAGUGGCUAAUAGAACAGAUAGACUCAUCACUAAAAUAUACUAAUGAAGUCUUUGAGGGUUUUUUAAGCUAUUCAGGGGGAAAAAUACAAAAGAAUGAAUGUUGAAAUAGUGUUUCAGAUGCUAAUAAAUCUGAGUUUGCACAGUACAUCUGUUAAUAUAUUGUUGAGUAUCACAAAGCAAAAAUAGUUUGAUAUUACAAUGUAAGUGUAUUAUUCACAAUACAAUAUUAUGAAUUAUAUCUAAAACUAAUUUUAUAGAAUGCUUUAAUAUUUCUUACUAACUAGAUUGAUGUCAUGAUUUGCACUGCUCUCAAAAAUUAUACUAAAUUCUUUCAUUACCAUCUUGCCACAUGUAAAAGAAAUACAGCUAUUUGUUAUGACAAAAUUAUGAUGUUGGAUUGAAUAUGGGUGAUACUUUUUUUUUUCCUGAUCUGGCUGACAUAAGACUUGAGCAAAGUCCCUAAGCAUGAAAAUGCUCUAUCAACAAAAGGAUGGCAGUGCAAGUGAUGAAGACGAAAGUACUGAUAAUAAAAAUAAGACAUCUUUAUUUCAGUUUUUGAAAGUUUAAAAUUUUUUCAGACCUAUAAUAAUAAUUUUGCCUAAGUAUUUUUUCAGUGAACAUCAAUACUUGUUUUCUGUUCAAAAAGCUAUCAUUUCAGGCAUGCAUGUAGUCCAUAUUUGGGGGUAGCCUGUGUUUGGACUAAGAGGAUAUAUGGUAAUGAAAAGUGAGCAUUGGAGACUUU